AUGAGCUGGCUGCUCAUACCCUUGCUUCUGGUUUCAGAUCAGACCUACAGUGACCGCCUGGUCCAGGACACACCUUUCCUGACAAGCUAUGGACGCCUGAGUGAGCAGCAAGUAGACAAGAUUAUUCUGCAACUGAAUCGCUACUACCCACAAAUUCUCACCAACAAGGAGGCUGAAAAGUUCCGGAACCCCAAGGCCGCUCUGAGAGAGCGUCUCUACAGCCUCCUGCACCAUCUGCAGCGCAGCAGUGAGCGUGACUGCCAGGAGUUCUACCGUGCCCUGUACAUCCAUGCCCAGCCCCUGCACAGCUCUUUGCCCAGCCGGCACACUCUGAAAGACACAGAUGGCAGAGUGCUAGACUCGGGCAUGGAGAGAUGGGAGCUGAGUGACAGGGGACCCCUGGGCUUUCUGGUUUGUCUCAGUGUGGCUGCGGGACUGGCCUUGCUCAUGUACUGCUGCCCCCCAGACCCCAAGAUCCUGCCAGGAGCCCGGCGUGUCCUUGGCUUCUCACCUGUCAUCAUUGAGAGGCAUGUCAGCCGCUACCUGCUGACCUUCCUGGAAGGUGACAUGGGGGGUCCCUGA